CAAAGCAACUUUAAGUCUCGCUCCUUCUUAGUUCCCCGUUUUGAGCUGUCAGUUUUGAUUUAACAGCUCGCCAUUGCUGGGGUGAGCUGAACGGGGCGGGCCAGUCCAUCUUGUUUCCGUUCACCCUGCGUGUAGUUUCUCCUUUUCGGUCGAGUAAACUGCAAGAGGAAGAAAGGGAAAAACAACAACAAUGUUGCAGUCGGUGUUCUGCCGCUUGUCCAGGAUCCCCAGAGUGAGGAGAUACUCGGCGGCUGCGGCUAUUCCAGCUCCGUCCACUCAGCCGGACAUUCACUUCAACAAGAUUUUUAUUAAUAAUGAAUGGCAUGACGCUGUCAGUAAGAAAACAUUCCCCACCAUCAAUCCUACCACAGGGGAAAUCAUCUGUCAAGUUGCUGAAGGAGAUAAGGCUGACGUGGAGAAGGCAGUGAAGGCAGCAAAAGAUGCAUUUAAACUUGGAUCACCUUGGCGAUUAACAGAUGCAUCAGCAAGAGGGUUCCUUUUAAACCGCCUUGCUGACCUCAUUGAGCGUGACAAAGCAUACCUAGCGUCAUUGGAGACAUUGGAUAAUGGAAAACCAUACCACAUUGCCUAUGCGGUAGACCUAGAUUUGGUUAUUAAAUGUAUCAGGUACUAUGCAGGCUGGGCUGAUAAAUACCAUGGCAAAACUAUUCCCAUUGAUGGAGACUAUUUCUGCUAUACACGUCAUGAACCAGUUGGUGUGUGUGGUCAAAUCAUCCCGUGGAAUUUUCCAUUGGCAAUGCAGUCCUGGAAACUGGGACCAGCCUUAGCAACUGGAAAUGUGGUGGUGAUGAAACUGGCAGAGCAGACCCCACUAACGGCCCUCUAUGUGGCAAAUUUGAUCAAAGAGGCUGGGUUCCCACCAGGAGUAGUGAAUAUUAUUCCCGGCUAUGGACCAUCAGCUGGGGCAGCUAUUGCCGCGCAUAUGGAUGUGGAUAAAGUUGCAUUUACAGGAUCCACUGAGGUUGGCCAUCUUAUCCAGCAGGCUGCAGGGAAAAGUAAUUUGAAGAAGGUAACAUUGGAACUGGGUGGGAAAAGUCCGAACAUCAUUCUUUCCGACGCCGAUGUGAGCUUUGCCGUUGAGGAGGCCCACACUGCGCUAUUCUUUAACCAAGGACAAUGCUGCUGCGCUGGAACACGUACUUAUGUUCAAGAAGCCAUCUACGAUCAAUUUGUGGAGCAGAGUGUGGAGAGAGCAAAACGUCGUACAGUGGGAGAUCCAUUUGAUGCCAAGAAUGAGCAAGGGCCACAGGUGGAUGAAGAGCAAUUUAAUAAAAUUCUGGGAUACAUCAGUACUGGAAAAAAAGAAGGAGCCAAGCUACUCUGUGGAGGUGAAGUUGCAGCAGACCGUGGCUACUUUAUCCAGCCUACAGUGUUUGGAGAUGUGAAGGAUGAAAUGAGAAUUGCUAGAGAGGAGAUUUUUGGACCAGUGAUGCAGAUUCUGAAGUUUAAGACAUUGGAAGAGGUGAUUGAACGAGCAAACGAUACCAAAUAUGGACUUGCAGCUGCAGUUUUCACCAACGAUAUCAAUAAAGCUCAUUACAUCUCUCAUGGAUUACGCGUAGGAACUGUCUGGAUAAAUUGCUAUGAUAUAUUUGGGGCUCAAGCUCCAUUUGGUGGAUACAAAGCAUCAGGCACUGGACGGGAACUUGGAGAGGAUGGAUUAGCAGCGUACACAGAAGUGAAAACUGUGACAACUAAGGUACUUCAGAAGAAUUCCUAAACCCAUCCAUCCACUAACUUUAGAUGAACUUGUAGGCUUUUUAAGAAUGGAUUCAAAAGGAAGUGACACGUUUAAAAUGACUAAAUAACUCAUUAAUCAAAAACGAUGAUAUAAUCAUACUCACAAUCAAAAAC